CACCUCUUCUCAUCUGUAUGUGCUCACGCACACAGCCUCUCCUGCAAGAGGAAGCUGCAUCAUGAGUGUUCUCCAAAACCGCCUCAACUCUUCCGAUUUUGCUUUUUCGUCUCAUGCCGCCCAGCUGUAGGUUUCCUGUUUUGUCCAGUACCAGGUAAAAAUGGCUUUGCUCUGGCUGUUGACAGUUCUCUCAAGCGUCUUCCUCGCUGGCAGUUACAAGCUCCCGGCCCGAAAACGCCUUGGUCAAGAUGGUGCCAGUCGGGAGGAUGUGGGGGCCAGUGCUGCAUCUACCACGCAAUGGCUGUGGCUGGACAAUGAAUCCUCUCCGUCCCCUGAAACGCUGGACAGCGCCAAUGUUUCUACGGCAAACCUCGCUGGUGAGGAGGACAUGGAGGCAAACAGGCUCCCUGCCGAAACGGACUCUCCGUCGGCUGCCCCACCAAGGUGGGAGUGGAAGGCGACGGGAGGUGGAGGCCACGAAUCGCCUCAGUUACCCCGCAGGAAGAGGCAGGCUGGUGUAGCUGCUAAAGGGAAAGCCACGCCUGUUUCCAAAGGCAAAACCGCUGGAGCUUCUCAUGCAACAGCAACUUCUGACACCCUCGGGACGACCGCCUCAGGCGUCGCUGCCACAGCAGUUGUCUUCUUAAAUACCACAGGCAUUACGAGCCCAACUCAAGCGCCUCCACUGACCUCCAGUGAAGCAAUGGAUGCCAAAGGCAGACGCCGUCACGUUGACAAAGCCGGCACAACGGUGCCUCGAGUCUCUUCAGAAACGGGGACCGUUCCAUCGACCACUGAAUUUUGGUCAUGGUUGGAUGAUGAAUCCACGGCAUCACCUGAGACUUUUGUGUCCACAGUGACUCUGAUGCCUGGCUUUCACACCACCAGGCCUGGCAUCAGAGCAAAGGGGAAAGAUGUUUUUCCUCUCAGGACAGCCACGGCUGCUUCUACCACAGAAUGGCUGUGGCCGGAUGAUGAAUCCACUCCAUCCUCUGAGACUCUGGCCAGCUCAAAUGUUUCCACAACGACCCCGAGCCAGGGCUUAGGGGCUGCCCCCAGAGCAAGGGGAAAGUCUGGUUUUCCUCAUGCAACGGCCACGGCUGCUUCUACCACAGAAUGGCUGUGGUCGGAUGAUGAAUCCACUCCAUCCUCUGAGACUCUGGCCAGCUCAAAUGUUUCCACAAUGACCCCGAGCCAGGGCUUAGGGGCUGCCCCCAGAGCAAGGGGAAAGUCUGGUUCUCCUCAUGCAACGGCCACGGCUGCUUCCACCACAGAAUGGCCGUGGCUGGAUGAUGAAUCCACUUCAUCGUCUGAGACUGUGGACAGGGCCAAUGUUUCCACAGCGACCCCGAGCCAGGGCCUAGGCCCGCCUAGAUUUGUCCUCAGCGGAAAAGGAAAGACUGCUCUUCCUCCCAAAAGAACCACGGCUGGCACCACUCCUGCCCGGGCGGAUCCUCCCGCAGCAGGGCCCCUCGGUGGCACGGGCCCCUUGGUUGGGAAGUGUCUGCUGGCCAUCUUCCUCUUGGCCCUGGUCGCCGGCAUUUUCAUUGUGAUCACGGGCGUCUUGGCCACCAUGCUCUGGCGCCAGAAGCGGGCCUACAAAAUGAACCAGCAGCACCACACAGAGAUGGUGUGCAUUUCAUCCCUGCUGGCCACGGAAGAGGCGGAGGAGGCCGCCAGGAGGGCGCCCCGAGUUAAAAGGGUGAAGAUGCUGGGGGAGAAUGGGUCGGAGGCCGAGAUGGACAACUUGACUCUGAACAGCUUCUUGCCGGAGCAUUGACUCUGUCUCUGUCUCUCUCUUCCUACACCCCAGGCUUCUCUCCGGUCCGCUCAGAUGGUCUCUUUCUCGAACCUCCAAAAGUGUGUCUAAUUCAAAGCACCUUUGUUUAGCACCUGCUCAGUUCCAAAGUUAUGUUUAAAAUACGUGCGCAUCGUAGAUAAUCGGCAGCGCGGCUGCACAGAGAAAAGUGCGGUUCUGUAACCUGUCUAAAUUAACGCCCGUUGAACAGCUUGA